UGCUAAUCGGGAAGUGGCUCUCGCCGUCUAGCGGAGUAUUUUUACACAGUCGAGAUGGCGGUGCUUCCGGUGUUUUUCCGCAUGUACCGCAUGCACGCCGAAGCGAGGGGGGCUGUCUGGUUUAUUUGGUCGCGUAACGUUUCGAUCAAAGUUUAACCCCGUUUCGCCCACGCAUGGAGCCAAAAUGUCACUGUAAGGGCGUAAGAACGUGCCUGUUCUGCGAAACAGUCAAGACACCGAGCAAGCACGCCAUUUCGAGAAAGAAAGUGCGGCAUCCUUUCGUGUUCUGCCCCAAAUGCUGUCUGUGCUGGCCCGGCUGGUUGUCGACGGACGCCGGCGGUGGCAAACCUUGCGGCAGCGUGCCACCACUGCGGGUACCAGGUCUUGAAGUUCACGAGGAGUUUCUAACCCCCGACGAAGAAACCAGGCUAGCCGCCGACAUCGACACAGCCAACUGGGCGGGCUCUCAAUCCGGAAGGCUCAAGCAAGACUACGGACCCAAGGUGAAUUUCAAGAAGAAGCGAGUAAAAUCGGACGGGUUUCGGGGCCUACCUGCCUACUAUACCCGAAUCGAAGAGAAGAUGCGCGAAAACGAGACCGUAUCGGACUUUGAGGCGGUCGAACUGUGCAACUUGGACUACCACCCGAAACGCGGAUCGUGCAUCGACCCCCACUACGACGACUGGUGGCUUUGGGGCCCGCGUCUGGUGACGUUCAAUCUGUUGUCUGACACGGUGCUUACGCUGUCCAGGCCCGAGGAACACUGGAAGCUUACCGACGAAGAUCUGAUCGAGUCUGGGGACAGAGGCGCAGACGACGUCGAGCGGUUGGCGGCGGCGGCCCCGUUGCAGCACGGACCUGAUUGCGGUUCGUGGUCGGACGCGUUCAAGGACUCUAUCUCAACCCGGGUGCCGCCCAGGUUAUGUGUCGUUCAGGUCUCGUGUCCUCGUAGGUCUAUGCUGGUGCUGUGGAGUGACGCCCGGUACAAGUGGCACCACUCUAUCCUCAGGGAAGACGUGAAGAGUCGGCGCGUGGCGAUGACCGUCCGCGAACUCUCCGAGGAGUUUCUGGACGGGGGAGCGUCAUUCGAGUUCGGUGCCGAGUUGCUGAGCAUCGCCAAACAACGAAUUUGACGGCACGUGCGUCAUUUAGUACGGUGUUCGUCUUAUUUCCUAUGUUUCCUAGUUGUUUUAGCUACGACAAACUCUGUUUUAACCAUGGGCCGUGAUCUGUUGCCGUUCAACCUAUGCAAGAACUGAUUCGGAGCGUUUUGUAUUAGGAGGAAGUUUUACGUCGUGCCAUACGUAGUUUAUCAAUAAAGGAGUUAUAGCGCUACUGUUGUUUACCUA